AUGUCACUACUUUUACCGGUGGCAGGUUUCCCUAGCUACUUGCCUCCAUAUUUUCCAGUAAACUCCAAGGUUAACUCUGUGCAAUAAAUUGGGAAUCCAUCUGGGCCAGUUGCCCCCUGUCCACAUUUUCCCAGGUGGCCACCACUGGAAGACUGGAAUCCCCUCUCUUUGAGCACAGGUGCGCUCCGAGGAUUACCGCCAGCUCCAGCCGGGGCCCGCUGGGGUUUAUUUGAAGCAUGCAAGAGAACAAUGUGAACCAGCCUACAUCAUUGUCUCAGCUCUUGAGAGAGAACUACUUGGCCGAAGCGAGGGCGCACCAGAGACACAGCGGCAUGAGCCGUUCCGACUCCUCGUGGCACCUGGUCUAUGUGCCCCUCAAAGGCAAGGCGGAGGACUCCACGGGGCAGGACAAGCCCCAACCCCAGAUCCCAGACCUCUCAGCCUUCCUGAACCAGGAAGAAUUGGAUAAGAGUGUCAACCUGGCCUGUCAGGCUAUCGGGCACGAGGCCGGCGAGGAGAGGACAGAGUUCAAGGCCCCGGUCACCCUUUCUGUCACCUCCACUGCAUCCAACACUCCCGACACCCAGCCUGACCUGGAAUUAAAAGAACCCCUACCAACACAUGCAACAUUCUUCCCAGAGAGACGGUCAUUCUCACCUCUGUCCAUACCGGACAAUGUGAUAAGGAUAGACAAACAGAUAUAUCAGCCAUCCCAACUGUCCAUUCAGGACAACGCAAUAAGGACCGACAGACAGAAAUAUCCACUGUCCCAAUCAUCCACCCAGGACAAUGAGACACGGACAGACAGAGAGUUGUACCCACCGUCCAUCCAGGACAACGACACGAGGACAGACAGACAGACGUUCCCACCGUCCAUCAUCCAGGACAUUACAAUGAAGAACAACUGGGUGGCCAGGGAGGCCUUUGAGGACUUUAAGAGGCCAGGGGCUAGGGGGAUGAACACUCCAGAGUACGGCCUGGGGACCCAGUCCAAGAAGGAGUUCCUCAACAAGGCAGCAGACUUCAUCGAGGAGCUCUCCUCUCUGUUCAAGGCUAACAGCUCCAAAAGGAUACGGCCCAGAUCAUGCAAAACUCAUAGGAGCAGAGCCAACAAGGGUGAAGUGGAUGGGAGCGUUUACUCCCUGAAUGCAGACAACAGGGAACGAACCAUUCUUCUCCAAGACUUCGAAACGGAAAUGGAGAUGGAGAGGCCUACUAAUCCUUUCAGCAUUCAGCCAUCAGAAGUCCAGGGUUUGGGCAUGGAUCCAGGGUUUGGGCAUGCUUACAUCCCCAUGCAGGACUGGAGGACUACUGAGGAGCAGUAUGAUGAGGCUGAAAGCCCUGCCCUGGUGGAGAUCACCCGCGGGGUGUACACAGCCGACUCCAUCUGUGAGCCCCCUCACUUCAUCCAAAAACUGAAAAGCAGGGAGGUGCUGGAGGGAAGCAAGGUACAGCUGGACUGCAUUGUUCGAGGACUCCCCAUGCCCGAAGUCCGGUGGUUUUGUGAGGGGAAGGAGCUGGAGAACUGCCCUGACAUUCAGAUCAUCAACAACGGCGAGUUGCACUCUCUGACCAUUGCCGAGGCAUUCGAGGAAGACACAGGGCGGUACUCUUGCUUUGCAUCCAACUUCUACGGCACAGACUCGACAUCUGCAGAAAUCUACAUCGAAGGUGCCUCCUCUACAGAUUCGGAGGGGGAACAACAUUCUGAACUUGCACAACUACAGAGGACCCGAGCUCAGCCGGGUGCCCAAUCUUUACCUCCAGUGGUCAGUGUUGUGUCUCAGCCACAGGAGGCCACCUCACUGCCUUCUAGCCAGGUAGUCACUGCAUCUGUACCUGUCCAGGUAGCUACUAAUGUCCUUCCUGUUACGGAGGUGACAACAGCACCAUCCACCCAGGUGGCGUUUACAUUGGUCCCUGCCCAGGAGAUGUCAGCACAGUUACCUGUCCAGGUAGUUUCUACUCUAGAUCUACCGCCUGUGGACACGGCGUCAGUUCUGUCACUGCCAACACCAUCACGUGUCCCAGUGACGUCCACACCAUUACCGACACAGACAGUCUCUACCACGGCACUACCGCUGACCCAGGUGGUCUCCUCUACACUGCCUGCCCAGGUUGCUGCCGUACAGACGACUCUAGCUGAGAACCUAAAUGGAGACAGCUAUACUCUAAGUCCAGACAUCUAUCCUCAAGGUCUAGACGGGAGGCCUAUCAUGGCUGCCCCUGUUUUCACAAAGAGUCUGCAGGACCUGUUGGCAUCGGAGAACGAGCUGGUGGUGCUAGAGUGCUGUGUAAAAGGAGUCCCCUCCCCCAAGGUGGACUGGUACAGAGAAGGAACUGUCAUAGAGGACUCCCCUGACUUCAGGAUCCUGCAGAAGAAGGAAAUAUGCACUUUGGUCAUUGCUGAAGUCUUCCCUGAAGAUUCUGGAAAAUUCACUUGCACUGCAAGCAACAAAUAUGGAACUGUAUCCAGUAUCGCUGCACUAAGGGUGAAAGGUAACGUCACUGGCUUACAAAGUUUAGACUUGGAAGUUCUAUUCGUAAGAUAA